UUGCGAAAUGCCUGUCUUGUAUAUCUUCCUCCAUUGCAAUCGCAAGGCAAUUCUCUUAUCACUCCGUCUAUGUGAACCCCCUCAACCUCAACGACGAUCCCGAGCACGACCGGAGCUCCACCCAAGACCCUGCUCUUGACAACAAAGAGAAUGUCACCCCCAACAAAAAAAAGUCAGUCCCGAUGCUUGGUGACAAAGAGAACUCAGCUCCCGCUCCCACCAACGGGUCGUCCGCUGCUCUGAAGAAGCCCUCCUCUCCCUCCAAGUGCCUUUCUUCUGACAAGCUGAAGGUGCUCAAGCCAUCGUCCCUUCAGUUCUGCAUGCAAAUGAACGGGCCUGAUUCGGCUUUCUGGUCCAAGUUCCGGGACCCCAUCGGGUCGGAGAAUUCGAAUUCUGCAAAUAUAUGGGACUUUUCUGAUUCGGAGGCAGCUCCAGCUUCUUCCUGGUCUACUCUGCCCAACAGGUGGGUUCUAGCAGAUUCGUGCAGUUUGGUAGACCUCCACUGGUGCAACAUAAGUAGGCAUUUUUGUAAGGUACCUAAUUGAUAUGCUCGGGCUAGCAGUCACUGGAACCCCAAAGGCUGCUCCAUAGAUGUAUGGAGAGUCAUCGUACCACGAUCUGUACAGUCCCGUGUCAUGUGAGGGCGAGAUCUGACUCCCUCCAACAUUCAAGCGGUUAUAACAUCGCCCACGCCCACGCCCAGCCCCCAGCCCCCCCUCCCAGUCGAUCGAAGCCGCGGCUUGUCAAAUCGAGCAUUGCCCGUAGUUGUCGCUCCUCUUCAAUUCCAUCGAGGGUGCCGCUCCUCCUCAGCUCCACCCGUGGCUGCCGCUCCUUCUCCUGAGCUCUGCUCGGCCCUUCAACUCGUCCUCCUUUGAUGUGUGCCCGACCUCUGCCCUUUCUACACCAUCGUGAGCCUCGAUUGCUCCUGAGUGACUGCUGUUGUUGCUCCUGGUCGGAGAAGGGCUCGACUUGUUGCAGCAUUUUUUGUUGCUUCUUGAAUAUGCUCCAUCGCGAAUGGAAGCUCCUCGACGAGCCAUUGCUUCUCCCCACAAGUUGCCACUACUCCUAAGCCUUCCACCUCUGCGACUCUAGGUUGCCUUUGAAGAGAUGGAAAAAAUUGUGUAGGUUCCAAAUGGACUCCGAAAUUCGUGAUAUAAUACAGGUUUCGCAUAUGAUCCGAUUUUAGGAUUUAAUAGGGUAAGAACUAGUUUCAAAUUCUUGGAAUAUGUCAUCUAUAGGGUAGGGUCCAGGUAUCUCGAAAAAAUAUAUGAUACUCGGACCCGCACACCCUGAAGAUUGGUGACCAUCGAGGUAUAAUUGUCUCU